AUGUCCGGCCCAACCAAACCAGAGGACUCGGGCGUGAUAAGUCAGGAGGGUGUUAUCUCUAAACCUGAAGGAACGGGCGCUGAACCACGUCCUGUUAGCGAGACAAUAUCUGAAAACGAGAUGGGUAGGAUGCAUCAUGGGCAUAGCGAACAAUCGCAAUUCCAACCCUUCACUAGCCUUUCGGACCAGAAGAAAGCUGGAGAAAGAGAGUAUGGCUAUGAUCAGGGGCACCCAAUAUCAGAUAAACACCACAAUGAGGAUUACAGCUUUAUGAAGAGGAAGCCGGGGAAAAAGUCAUACUUUAGUGAACUCCUAGAGAAUUUUCACUAA